AACACCAACACGUCCAUCAGACAAGUUGUGUUCACACACGAAAAGGAAAACACGCCUGGAUUCAGAAGGUUUACAGGCUGUUACAGGUUCAAAAUGUUAACCAGGUGGUUAACAUUCACAGCUUUUCUGGCUUGCUCAGCGAAUCCAGAAAGAGCAGCUAUUACCGUCGCACCGACCUGCACGGUCAAAGGUCAUCCAGAGGUAGUGCUGACUUUAAACUGUGGUGACGGAAAGAACGCAGGUGUGGUUCAGUACUGGCACACCCCCUUUGGAGACCUUCAGACCCCUGGUUUCAACAGUGAGCUGGACCCUGUCUUUAUGCACCAUGACGGGAGCCUGGUGGUCCCCAACACCAGCCUUCUCCACAGUGGCCUGUACUACUGCCUCCUGCAGCACACAGAGGGAACUACACUGUGGCCGUACGAGCUCCACGUUGGUCAUAACAACCAAAACAACCCAGAACACAGCAGAUAUGAGCAACGUGGCAGCUGUGAGUCCAGGUCCAGGUCCAGGUCCAGGAGGGAUGUUGGGUCUGAGGAGGAGAGGCAGGCAGGAGUCUCAGAUGGGGAGUUUGCAGGAGCUGUGGCGGCAUCAGUGCUGCUGACGUUUGUGUUUGGUUUCAGUGCUGGAGCUCUGACCAGGACUCAUGUUCUCAGGUGUUUAGGGGCAGUCUCUACGAGGUUGCGAUUACCACGGAAACAACAACGUCAAACUGACACACCUGAACACGCCUCUGAGGUCAACAUGACAACCAUCCCACCCACGCACGACAACCGGGCUUUUGAGGCGGAACAGGUGUGGGACGACAACUCUGUAAACAUGGAGACGACGAUUUCAUCGACAACCUCAUCGCCUCCUGCCAAACCUCAGAGAAGCUUCCGGAACAAACGACUGGAGGAGCAGGAAACAACUGCCUAUCUGGAGGGAUGUGACUACAUGAAAGAAGAGGAGAGAAAGGUGGAGGAGGAGGAGGAGGAGGAGGAGGAGGAGGAGGCAGGUAGAAGUCUGGAGGAGGGGAAUAAAGAGUGUGGUGGGGAAGCAGAGGAGACAUUAGGAGAAGAUGAAGGGAGUCAAUCCGAAACAGAUGAAGAUGAGUGCAGUGAGAAAGGAGAGGAGAAAGAUGGAAGAGAGAGCAGAGAGGAAACGAAGGAAUGGAGGCAGGAGAAAGAGGUGGAGGAGCCAGGUGAGCAGGAGACCAAGGAGGAAGUAGAGGAGAGGGGAGGAAGAGGAGGAGACGCAGCACCCAGCCGGGGCCGUCGCAGCCGCGUCAUUCGUCUGUACCAGUAUGACGAGGACGGCCAGCGGUACUGCCACCUUCCUGCCCCCGAGGCGCCACGCCCAGCCCCCAGGCUCAAACAGCGCUCCGUCUCUCUCACACGCCUCAACGCCAUCAUGGCUGCCGCCUCAGCAGGGCCACUGGACACCAGAGAGACGGGGAGGGAGGGUGCAGAGGAGAGGCCACACUUCCACAUGGAGAUUUAA